AUGAGGCUUGAGAUUCAAGCUCUCGAAGAGAACAAGACUUGGUCAUUGACUGAAUUACCAGUAAGGAAAUCAGCAGUUGGUUGUAAAUGGGUAUAUAAAGUGAAGCAUCAUGGAGAUGGGAGCAUAGAGAGAUUUAAGGCCCGCCUUGCAGCUAAAGGUUACACUCAAAUGGAAGGGCUGGACUACUUGGAAACAUUCUCUCCAGUUGUCAAAAUGGUGACAAUCAGAACUAUAUUGGCUUUGGCAUCAUAUUUGAACUGGCAUUUACACCAACUUGACGUGAACAAUGCUUUUCUUCAUGGGGAGUUGGAUGGAGAAGUUCACAUGAGCUUUCUACCAGAUUUUCAAUCCACAAAUCUUUCACAGGUUUUGAAGCUACACAAAUCACUGUAUGGAUUAUAA